GCCCCAGAAGAAGGGGGCGGUGACGUCACAUCCCCUUGACCCUCCAAUCACCUCGGGGUCCCAUUUGAUUGGAAGGCGGCAAAGGCUUUAAUCUCCCGACUAAUUCAGCUGCCUUUUGAAGUGAGCUGCCUUCGCCAGAGCCGAGGCGGGCUGGGCAGCGGAGGAGGAGGCUCGCAAUCCUCGCAGCGGAGGAGGAGGAGGAGAGAGAGAGAGAGAGAGAGAGAGAGGAAGGCCCGGCCUGGCUGUGGAGAGAGAGAGAGCGAGCCGAGUGGAACCUCUUGCUGCCUCUCCCAGUUGCCUGCCUUUGGAGGAGUCGGUCCUAUACUAUUUCCCCCCCCCCCCCCCAGCGGGAGAGAAAAGAGGGGAUCGAGCCCCCCCCCCCUCUCUUUGCUUCGCCUCCCUCCCCGCCAGCUUUCAAUGCCAGGCUUUGGGUCAUGAUUACAUCCCCCUCGCUUUCUGCCGUAAGAAGUAGUCAGCACGGAGGAGGAGGAGGAGGAGCAGCAGAGGCGGCGGGAGGAGGAGGAGGCGGAGGAGGCGCCAGAGAUCUCGGGAACAGCAGCAACAGCAGCAGCAGCGUCGGCUGCGAUCUUGCGUGGCCAGGCGGACACUCGGGGGAUACGACCUACGGAGGAGGAGGAGGAGGGAGCAGCCUUGGCAGUAGCAGCAGCAGAAGCAGGAGCAGCGCCCCGGCGGGCCAGCCUUUCUUCCACGCCGUGCCCCCCUCGGACCCUUUGCGCCAGGCGAACCGCCUCCCCAUCAAAGUCUUGAAAAUGCUCACGGCGCGGACGGGGCACAUUUUGCACCCCGAGUACCUCCAGCCCUUGCCUUCCACGCCCGUCAGCCCCAUUGAGCUGGACGCGAAGAAGAGCCCCUUGGCGCUCCUGGCGCAGACCUGCUCCCAGAUCGGGAAGCCGGACCCCUCGCCUUCCUCCAAGCUCUCCUCGGUCACUUCCAGCGGCGGCGACAAAGAGUCCAGCAAGUCGGGCCCUCUGAAGCUCAGCGACAUCGGGGCGGAGGACAAGUCCAGCUUCAAGCCUUACUCCAAGCCCGGCGCGGACAAGAAAGAGUCCUCUUCGGGGACGGGAGGCUCGGGCGGAGGAGGAGGCGGAGGAGGCGGCGGCGGCGGCGGAGGCGGCGGCGAGAAGCCGGGCUUCCGGGUGCCGAGCGCCACCUGCCAGCCGUUCACGCCAAGGACAGGCAGCCCCACUUCCAGCGCCUCGGCCUGCUCCCCUGGACUCCUCUCCGGCGACGGGGGUAAAACCGAGUCGGCGGAGAAGAAGGACAGCAACGGCGAGAAGGGAGGCACGGAAUCGGCGCGGAUUACAGCAGAACUGAGCCAAGGCCACGACACAAACGCGAAAUCCCUCCUCGGGGGCGCCUCCUCGUCGUCGUCUUCCUCCUCCUCGUCGGUUUCCUCUGUCUCCUCCGCCUCGUCUCCUCCGUGCGGAGGCGGCGGCGUGGUGAGCUCCUCCUCGGUGCUCAGCUCGGGCCUGGUGGCCCCGGUGUCGCCCUACAAACCAGGACAAGCCGUUUUCCCGCUCCCCCCACCGGCUGGGAUGAGUUACCCAGGCUACGCGAGCUACGCGCCUCAGUUCCUCCCCCCCGGCGUGGCUUUGGACCCCACCAAGCCCGGUUUGGUGGGCACCUUGAGCUGCGGCGGGAGCAGCAAGACCUCCGGCUCGAGCCCUUUAGCGGGCGCGUCCCCGCCGUCGGUGAUGACGGCCAGCCUCUGCCGCGACCCGUACUGCUUGAGCUACCAUUGCGCCAGCCACUUAACCGGCGCCGCUGCCGCCGCCUCCUGCGCCCACGACGCGGCGCUCAAGCAGGGCUACCCGCCCCCGCUGGUCUACCCGACGCACCCGCUGCACGCCGUCCACUCCGGCGGGGGGCCGCCCUCCUUAGCCGGGCACCCUCUCUACCCGUACGGCUUCCUGCUCCCCAAUGACCCCCAGCCGCACAUCUGCAACUGGGUCUCGGCCAACGGGCCCUGCGACAAGCGCUUCGCCUCCUCGGAGGAGCUGCUGGGCCACCUGCGGACGCACACGGCCUUCCCAAGCGCCUCCUCGGCGGACAAGCUGCUCGGGGGUUACCCAGGCUCCAGUUCCUUAGCGGCGGCAGCAGCAGCGGCGGCCAUGGCGUGCCACAUGCACAGUCUCCCCUCUGCCGCUUCUUCCGGCGGCCCGUCCGCGUUGGCGGCCCUCCGCGGCCCGCACCACGCUUUGGGACUCAGCAGCCGCUACCACCCUUACUCCAAGAGCCCGCUCCCGGCCCCCGGGGCCCCGGUUCCCGUCCCUGCCGCCGCGCCUUCCGCCGCCGGAGCCUACUACUCCCCUUACGCGCUCUACGGGCAGAGACUCACCACUGCUUCCGCCCUGGGAUACCAGUGAGUUGACUGGCGACGACUGGGGGGGACUUUGCUGGGCUUUGGAGGGCGGGCGGAGGGACAUCGUGGGGGUCUUGGACCUUUGGAGAAGGAGAUACAGACAGAGAUAGGCAUCUCUAAGUAAGCAACAUCUCUCACAAACAAGACACACACCAAGCCUCCUUCCCUCCUUCUUUCCCUAACUCACUCUCGAGUGAGAAUAACAUUGCAAUUGGGACUCCUUUUGAUAUAUAUAUAAAUAUAAAGAGAGUGUUCAUCGUCAGGACUGGAUCCAUGGGCACUGUAUUUAUUUAUGUUAGCUUCAAGCGGGACAGCGACUUCGAAACGACGACAACAACAACAACAACAAAAGUGCUUUACUUUAACUUCGAAUAUUCUUAAAGGAAGACCGACGGGAAAAUAGUAAUAAGAAUGAUUGAUGAUGAUGAUAAUGAUGAU